AUGGCGGAUGCACUACUUGGUCCCGUUGUAGAAGUUCUAGUGGAGAAGGCAAUACAUUUGGCUUCUGAACAAAUUGGCCGGUUUGUUGCAUUCAAGAAAGACUUGGAGAAACUGAGGGAUACGUUGACUCUGAUCCAGGCUCUCCUUCAUGAUGCAGAGGAAAGACAGGUGACUCAACAAUUCGUGAAGCUUUGGCUGGAGAAGCUUGAACGUGUGGCUUUCGAUGCUGGUAAUCUGUUGGAUGACAUCAACUAUGAGAUGAUCCGGCGCAAAGUUGAGAUUCAAAACCAAAUGAAGAGGAAGGUAUGCUUCUUCUUCUCACUCUCCAAUCCCAUUGCAUUUCGUUGCAAAAUGGCCUGCAAGAUUCAGAAAAUCAAUAUGGAUUUGAAAAGAAUCAAUGAAGAAGCAAGGAACUUUGGCCUCCAGCCACAGACUGGAGCUACAGAUGCGCCUCGUGUUCUUCCUCCUCCCAAUGUAGGAGGAUUUAUAAAGAACAGAGAGAGUGACUCUGUUGCUGUUGAUACGGGUUUCGUUGGAAGAGAAAAUGAUGUCUCAGCAAUAGUAAAAAUGUUGACUGCCCCAAAUAAUAAUGACACUAUCUCCGUUCUCCCUAUAGUAGGGAUGGGCGGGAUCGGGAAGACUACAUUGGCUCGAAAUGUUUUUAAUGAUCCAAAGAUUAAAGAACAUUUUGAGAAGAGCAUGUGGGUAUGCGUGUCGGAUGAUUUCAAUGCCAAUAGGCUUUUUAGGUUGAUGCUAGAAUCAUUGGAAGCACCAAUGACCGGAGUUGAGGGUAAGGACGCCAAAGUCAAGCGGCUUAAGGGCUCAUUGGAUGGUAAAAGGUAUCUACUGGUCUUGGACGAUGUUUGGAGUAAGGAUUCCGUACUAUGGAAUGACUUUCUUGAGUCUUUGAGGGGUACUAGCCCAGCCAUGGGGAGCUGGAUUCUUGUGACCACUCGUGAGCGAGAAGUGGCAACCAUCACGAGAAUUUCUUCUCCUCAAGAUUAUUCCUUGGAACAAUUAUCAGAUGAUCAUUGUUGGCUCAUUCUCAAAGAAAAUGCAUUGGGUGCUAGGAAAGUGCCAACUAGACCGCAAGAAGAUAUAGGUUUGAAGAUUGCAGAAAAAUGCCGAGGCUUACCAUUAGCUGCAAGCGUUCUCGGGGGCAUGCUGCGCAACAAGGAAAUAGGUGAAUGGCAGAAAUUAGAGAGUGGGCUUCAAAGAGGUGAAAAUAAUGGCAUUGAUGAAAUUUUGAAGUUGAGCUUUGAUCAUCUGCCAUAUCCAUCUCUUAAAAAAUGUCUUGCGUAUUGUUCAAUUUUUCCCAAGGAUUUUGAAAUGGAAAGGAAUCAACUGAUCCAACUUUGGGCGGCAGAAGGAUUUCUUUAUUCAAAUCCAAGAAACAAUAAUAUGUGUAUGGAGGAAGUUGGCAACAUGUACUUUACCAUUUUGUUGGAUAGUAACUUGUUUCAAGAUGCAGAGGAGGAUGAGCAUGGGAAUGUUGUGAAUUGCAAAAUCCAUGAUCUUGUGCAUGAUAUGGUGCAAUCCAUUUCCAGUUCUAAAACUUUGAGGUUGACAGAGUCUGGAAGUGAUGACCAGGGGACGUUUCCCAUCCAGUAUCUUGCACUAGAGAGAAGUGAAAAAGAAAUGCCAUUUCCUCCCUCUGAAAGGUUCAAGUGUAUUACAACAUUAUUUUUGUUGGAAGACAGAUCACUUAAUGAUAGAGAGAUAUCAUUUUUUAUGUUGCGAGUUUUGAGCUUAAGGUCAUCAAGUGUCGAGGAGCUUCCUAAAUCAAUUGGGAAGCUAACUCAUUUGCGGUACCUUGAUUUAUCCAGACCUUCAAUCAAAAUAAUGCCAGACUCUCUUUGUCGACUUUAUCAUUUGCAGACAUUAAGAGUUGAAGGUUGCAAAUCAUUGACAAAGUUUCCAGAAAAUUUCACGAAUUUGGUGAAUUUGAGGCACUUUGAGGUGCGAAAUUGCACAAACUGCAAAGAGUUACCAACUCUUGGGCACAUGUCCUCCCUCAGAUCUCUUCACUUGGAAAGUCUUGAUGGCAUAACAAGCAUAGGACCUUCUUUUUAUGGAGAAUCAACCAUACAUAGUGGAAGCGGCAGUCAAAGUCCCCUAAAUUUGUUUCCAGCACUUGAACAUUUCAGUCUAAGGGACACGCUCAAUUUGACUGAAUGGACGGAAGCAGAAGUUGAUGAUAGAGAAUUGAUGGUAUUUCCUGUCCUUGAGACGAUAGAGAUUGAAGAUUGCCCCAAACUAGCAACUUUUCCAACCUUUUGUAUGUGA